ACUUUUGCAUGAUAUAUAAAAGUUAGUUGGAACAUAAACAAAAUAGAGAAAGCUGGUCCAGAAUUACCCAAAAGAUUAUGUGGAUUGAGAUUAAGCCCACCCCUCUCGGGAUUAUUGACUCGGUUUGGAUAUUUAUACAAUCCUCACUAUAUUUAGACAAAUAUAGAUCACAAAGUAUGGAUACAAGCAUCCUAGAAACACAACUUUAGUAACAAAUAAAUAACAGCAAGAACAUGGCAGAGACUCAAGGAAAGGUCAUCACUUGCAAAGCUGCUGUGGCAUGGGGUCCAAAAGAGCCGCUUGUAAUACAAGAAAUAUGCGUAGAUCCUCCUCAGAAAAUGGAAGUUCGUGUUAAAAUCCUUUACUCCUCCAUUUGUCACACCGAUCUCGGAGCUUGGACCGGAGUGAAUGAAGGUGAACGAGCAUUUCCAAGGAUUCUUGGCCAUGAAGCUGUCCGGAUAGUUGAAAGUGUAGGAGGAGUGAAAGAUGUGAAAGAAGGAGACUAUGUGAUUCCCACUUUCAAUGGAGAAUGUGGUGAAUGUAGAGUGUGUACGAAUGGAGUAAGUAAUCUCUGUGAGAGAUAUAAAGUGGAUCCAAUGAAAAGACUGAUGGUUAACGAUGGAGGGACGAGAUUCUCAACCACCACAAACAAAGACGGUGGUUCGAGCCAGAAGCAACGCGUUUAUCACUUCCUUAACACAUCCACGUUCACUGAAUACACCGUCUUGGACUCGGCUUGCGUCGUCAAGAUCGAUCCUAAUGCUCCUCUCAAGCAAAUGAGCCUCUUGAGCUGUGGGGUGUCCACUGGUGUGGGAGCAGCUUGGAACACUGCCAAUGUGAAGGAAGGAACAACCACUGCUGUCUUUGGAUUGGGUUCUGUUGGUCUCGCUGCUGCUGAAGGUGCAAGAGCAAGAGGAGCUUCUAGGAUCAUUGGUGUUGACGCUAAUGCUUCCAAAUUUGAGAAAGGUAAACUUAUGGGUAUAACAGACUUCGUCCCUAAAGACUUAACAAAGCCAGUACAUGAGAGGAUUCGAGAGCUAAUGAGUGGAGGCGUGGACUAUAGCUUCGAAUGUACAGGAAACGUCGAUGUUCUUCGCGAAGCCUUUUUAUCCACUCAAGCAGUAACUCCCUUACAAAUACUAGCGCUUGAGAUCAACGAGUUAAUUUGUUUACUUGAUAAAAUUAAAUUAGUUACUUAAGAAACAAGUAAAUGUGACAAAUUAAUACGUUGAUAGGGUUGGGGAUCGACGGUACUUGUAGGAAUUUAUCCGACACCAAAAACAUUGCCUCUUCAUCCAAUGGAACUUUUCGACGGCCGCACAAUCACCGGUUCUAUAUUCGGUGGUUUCAAGCCCAAAUCUCAGCUUCCAAAUUUUGCUCAACAAUGCAUGAAAGGGGUCUGAGUUUCAUCUAAAGAUUCCAUAUACUAUAUAACAUUCUUUAAAUCGAAUUAAUUUUGCU